AUGUCUUUCUGGAUUUGUUGUAAUUCCUGUUUCCAUUCUCCUGGUUCUGACCGCAAACUCGCCCUAACGACAUGUGGACAUCUUAUAUGCAGUGUUUGUUUUCAGAAAGGUGCCCAAGGGAUUUGUCAAAUAUGCAGCGCAAAAUGCCAAGUAUCUCCUCUGUCUGACAAAAGCAGCUCUGAGGUGAAAGCGUUGUUUUCUGAUAUCAAUUCUGUUGCCAGCAAGCACUUGACAGAAAUCAGCAAGGUAAUUAUGUUCCAAGCAAGACACCAAAAGAGAUUACUAACAUAUUACCAGCAAAAGAAUGAAAAACUUGAACAGACUUUAGUCAAGAUGAAACAAGAAAUGCAACAAAUGAUGAAGAAGCUAAAUGAACAGAAUGCCUACAUCAAAAAGUUGGAAAACUCAUUUCAACAUCAAAGUGCCAAAGCUGCAGUUGUUCAGAAGAACCACAGUUCUCAAACUCCCCAUGGAAAUCACCCUGUCAUGCACAUCCCCUUCAACUCUCCUUUGGCCUUUUCACGUCACUCAUCUGGUAAUUUGACUGAAAACAUGGAUGUGGAUGAACCAAGUUUGUUCAGAAAAGUAAGUUAUUUGUUUUCAUUUCAGCCAAGCAAUGUUCCGAGACUGUCCUUAACCAGCCCUCCGCAGGAUGGACGCAUGGGAACAAUACCCCGCAGAAUCUCCAAUCAAAACAUGUUGGCCAACCAUUCUACCAGCUCGGCCUCAGUCAGUCGUUUUCAGACAACACCAGUCACCCCUGAAAUUUCAUUUGGCAACAGCUCAGGAUGGAAGUCCCCCAUCUUCAAACCACCAAUGAGCUUCAGGCAUCCUUCUAUGUCCUCUCUGGUUAACCUUCCUCCCUAA